AUGUAUAGUUGGCUCUAUGACGCUCAUAGAGACAAGACAAAGACUGGGUUUUUUUUGCUGCAGGAUGGUAAUCAGGAACCUUUCAACAUUCGACUGCACUUAGCUAAAGACAUUUUGACUAUACAGGAACAGGAUGUAAUAUGUGUGUCAGGAGAACCUUUCUAUUCCAGUGAAAGAACAGUGACAAUCAGAAGACAAACAAUUGGAGGAUUUGGGCUAAGUAUCAAGGGUGGAGCUGAGCACAAUAUUCCAGUAGUCAUAUCCAAAAUAUCCAAAGAACAAAAAGCAGAACUUUCAGGACUGCUGUUUAUUGGAGAUGGAAUCCUUCAAAUAAAUGGUAUAAAUGUGAGAACCUACCGACACGAAGAACUGGUUCAAGUCUUGCGGAAUGCAGGAGAGGAAGUAACCCUUACUGUUUCUUUUCUGAAAAAAACACCGGCUUUCCUUAAACUGCCUCUCAGUGAAGAUUGUGCAUGUGCUCCCAGUGACCAAAGCAGUGGGACAUCUUCACCCCUCUGCGACAGCGGGUUGCAUCUUAACUACCACCCAAACAACACGGACACACUAUCUUGCUCAUCAUGGCCUACAUCACCAGGAUUUAGGUGGGAGAAGAGAUGGGUUGAUUUGAGGUUAAUCCCCCUGCUUCAUUCACACCUGUCACAGUAUAUACCAGGCUCAGAUAUUUGCAGGCAAAAUGCAUUUCAGGUAAUUGCAGUGGAUGGGGUAUGCAGUGGGAUAAUACAGUGCCUGACUGCAGAAGACUGCUUUGACUGGCUACAAGCAAUAGCAACUAAUAUUUCCAGUCUGACAAAGCACAAUAUAAAGAAGAUCAACAGAAACUUUCCAGUAAAUCAACAGAUAAUCUACAUGGGCUGGGUAGAUGAGCGUGAACAAGACUCUGUCCAGGAUAGAAUGUACACUCCAAAGUUCCUUGCCUUGAGGGGUUCCUCACUAUUCAAAUUCACAGCACCUCCAGUAACAACAUGGGACUGGACCAAAGCUGAAAAGACCUUCACUAUGUAUGAAAUUAUGUGCAAAAUUUUAAAGGACAGUGACCUUGUGGACCAGCGGAAACACUGCUUCAGCGUUCAGACUGAAAGCGGGGAGGACAUGUUCUUCAGUGUGGAGUUGGAGAGUGAAUUAUCUAUCUGGGAAAAAACCUUCCAGAUAGCAACCUUUCUUGAAGUUGAAAGGCUACAUGCAAAAACAUAUGCUUGUAUAAUGGAAAGUCACCUUAUGGGGCUCACAAUAGACUUCAACAUGGGAUUUGUGUGCUUUGAUGCAGCAUCAAAGGCUGUGCUUUGGAGAUACAAGUUUUCCCAACUUAAAGGUUCCUCAGAUGAUGGAAAGAGCAAGAUUAAAUUUCUGUUCCAAAAUCCAGACACCAAACACAUCGAAGCCAAGGAACUGGAGUUUUCAAAUCUCUUUGCAGUGCUGCACUGUAUUCAUUCAUUCUUCGCUGCCAAGGUUGCUUGUCUGGACCCUCUCUAUGUUGGCAGUCAGGGUGCUGCUGCUGCUGCCAAUACUGCUUGUACCGCUGCUGCAGGGAAGAUAAAGUACUCUACCUGACAGCCCCUGCACGGUGCAGUGCAUUACUGUCUCACAGUACAUGAAUAUUCAUCAUAUCCUGUAUAGCCUAGAGGGAACGGAGAUCGCAGAAGCCAAUUCAGGAACAGCUCAGUGGGGGACAAAGUGAUCAUCAAUUUUUAUUUUCUGCAAGGAAAUAGAGAAUAAUCCAAGCUC